AUGGCCACGCCGCAUCCAGACCUCGUUCCGCCCCGCGCGCGCUGCCGGCAUGGUCGCUCGUGCUGCACGCCGCCGGAACAUGUCACGCAUGUCUGUCGGGCCAGGGUGGUUCACCGCCAGGGCCGCUCGGUAGCCAGUUUUGGAGCCCCCGUCACUGGGCGGCCCACUCCCGCGUCCUCGCAGGCGCAGCACAUGAAGGCGUGCGGCCGUUUGGGCUGCCCGAGCUUGAGCCCGAAUCCGGCCAGCACGUGCGAGGCGUGCGGCUGGGAGUUCUUCGCUCCCAGGCGCCGGGUCCCGGCCCCCGCUGCGCAGCGCCUGGCGGCACAGGCGGCGACGCUGGCCCGCAUGCUGCGCGCGGUGUCGUCGCACGAGCGCCUGGCGACCCUGCCGUUCUCGCCCUCGAGUCUCAGCGUGGCGAAGCCCGUGUUGAUAGCGAGACGGCUGCUGGAGGGCGUCCAAGGCGCUCGCCGGCGCUCCCGGUUCUCGCUGCGCGACGCGGUGGGGCUCGUGCGCCACCAGCGCGACGGGACGAUUCUUCACGUCCCCGGCGACGACGAAGCUGUCGCAAGGUACCUCGCGCGCCACGCCGCGAUCGUGCGGGCGGUGUUCGAGGUGCGCGGCGUACCCGGCGACGCGCCCCUGGUCAAGGCGCUCGAGGACUUUGCGCGGGAGCGCGGCAUCAGGACGGACACAUUGCUGCCGCUGCGGCGUGGCGCUUCAGCGCGGAGCUGGGACGGCCCGCGGCUGCCGGGGACGCGGGUGGUGCGCGACAUCAUGGACGGCCAUCUGUGCCGACUGGACCUGGUGGGCUGCGCGCGUGGCGGGGGCGGGGCCGCAGCCGGCGGCGCGAUGGUCGAUCCACUGCCGGGGUCGCCGUCGGCGGGCGCGGCGCCUCCGCGCGACGUUCCCGCCGUGCCGCGCACACGUCGCGACGGAGUCGCGUCGACAGGAGGUGCGGGGGCCGGGCGGGACCUGAAGGCCAGCUGCGGCGCCGCGGUGCGGUGUCGUGCGCCGCGCACGGACGGCAGCGGCGGCCGGGAGCACGUCGUCGGCGUCGUGCAGUGCAUGUGGCGGGAGGACGCUGGCGGGGACGCGGGCGGGGAGGGCGCGAGGCCCGGAGCUGGCGCAGGAGGUCGCACGAUGGCGCAGCUUCGUCGUCUCGUGCGCGGAGAGGAGACGGUCCUCAGGGGCGCGGCGGCGUCGGACGAGGUGUUCCUCACCCAGGAUGUGGUGACGGUCUGCCUGGACGACAACGUGGAGCUGCUUCGUCUGGCGCGGGGCCCCGACUGGGCGAUGGCGGCGUCGCGGCCGCGCCGCCGCCAGGGCGCCGUGGUGCGGCGCACGCGGCAGGCGCUGCGCCUGCGCUACGCGUACGUCGCCCGCUGCGGCGCGUUCCAGGACCUGCCGACGCGCGACGACAUGCGGUUCGGGGAGAGGCUGCCCCUCCGUGACGAGGACUCGGCCGAACGGCCAGGCGCAGCCCCCCCGGAGGUGCACCUCCGGGACGCAGCGCCGCCCGUCGCCACCGGCAGCACGCCCGGGCGGCUGCGCGCCCUGCACGCGUUCUCGGGCUGCGGAGGGCUGUCCGCGGGCCUCCAGGCGUCCGGGGCCGUGGAGACGCGCUGGGCCAUCGAGCGCGACGCCCCCGCCGCCGCGUCGUUCCAGGCCAACUUCCCGGGCGCGGCCGUGAUCCGGGCGGACUGCGCCGACGUGCUCCGGCGCAUCUGCUCCGUGACCGUCGGCCAGGACCGCCGGCCCGACGGCGACGCCUCCGACGCGACGCCGUGGCAUCUCCUGCCCCGCAGGGGGGAGGUCGACCUGCUCUGCGGCGGCCCGCCGUGCCAGGGGUACUCGCCGCUCAAUCGGCACCCCGACAGCGAGUGCGCGCGUCGCAACAACGCGGCAACCACCCUCUUUCUGUCGCUCUGCGAGGCGCUGGACCCCACAUUCGUCGUCAUGGAGAACGUGCCCGCCCUGGCCGCGCACGCCGACGGUCGCACGCUCGGCAAGGUGCUGCGCGUGUUCGUCGAGCUGGGCUACCAGGUGCGCUUCGGGGUGCUGCCCGCGAGCGCGUACGGCGCCCCCCAGCGCCGCGAGCGGCUGGUGGUGCUGGCGGCGCGCAGCGGCCGGGCGCGGCUCCCCGCGUGGCCCGCCCCGCGCCACGCGUUCCGGUCGGGCGGACUGACCCUCUUCCGCGGCCAGCGCGACAUCGCGUGCACCGCCGUGACCGCCGACGCGGGCCUCGCGGCGCCCUUCACGGUGCGCGACGCCAUCGGCGACCUGCCCGGGGCCCAGGGCGGCGACUACGAGGACGGCCCGAGGAACGCCUUCCAGCAGCUCGCGCGCGAGGGGAGCCAGCGGCUGCGAGACCACGUGUCGCGGUCGCUGGCCCGGGAGGCCCUGGAGGACCAGCUCGCGGAGAUGGGCGACGACACCUCGGGCGACGGCGACGUCGCGGGUCUGCUCGACCUGGUCGACGACGGCGACGACGGCGGCAGCAGCGGGGAGGCCGGGCGGCGCGCGGACCUCGACCGGUUCCGCGUCGACCCCGACGCGCCCGCGCACACCCUCACGACGGACCCGCGCACCUCGGCCACCGUCUGCCGGGUCGUGCACUACGCGCUGGAUCGCAUCCUCACCGUGCGGGAGUACGCGCGGCUGCAGGGCUUCCCGGACACCUUCCGGUUCUGCGGCACCCUGGCGCAGUGCUACCGCCAGGUGGGCAACGCGGUCCCCGUGCCCCUGGCGCGCGCCCUCGGCGCGUGCCUUGGCGUGUGCGCCGCUGCGCGGCUGCGGGCGGCACGCGACGGCGGGAACGCGACAGCGGAUGGCGCCUGCCCUGCGAGACCCGGCCUGUGA